AUGUCCAAAGUUUUCGUUGGAAGCCUGUCUUGGCAGGUCGACUCCGACGCCCUCAGGCAAGAGUUCCAGAAAUUCGGGAAUGUCACCGACGCGGUUGUCAUCUUGGACCGGGAAACUCGCCGCAGCCGCGGAUUUGGCUUCGUCACCUUUGAGGAUGAAGAGGGCUCGAACAAGGCCAUUGCUGAGGGCAAUGGAAUGGAGGUGGAUGGCCGACGUAUUUCCGUCGCACAGAGUACUGAGCGUCAGAGAAACAACGACCAGUCGGGUGGAGGCUACGGUCGACGCGACGAGAGGAACGACCGAGGAUACGGCGGAGGCGGCCGGUCCGGAGGGUACUAG